UUCCUUCCUCCGCGGCGGCCGCCUCAGCCUCCCAGGGAGCCCCGCUUCCCUUCCCUCGCUCCCCUCCCUUCCCCCUCCCUCUCUCUCUCCCUUCCGAAGGUCCACGAUAGAUUACGAGCGGAGGAGGAGGAGGAAAGGGGGGGGAAAAAAGGAACGGAGAAAGCGUGCUCGCGGAUUGGCCGGCCCCCUGCACGUGAGGCGGGGGCCGCGUGACCCAGCGCGCUCCCUCCCACAGGGCCGGUGCGCGCGCAUACUCAUAUAAACCCCCACCUUCCCUUCCUUCCUUCCCCUGACACCCGAGAGAGGCGCGCGCAGCGGCCGUUGGCGUCACGUGACACUCCCUUCCCCCCCCUUCCUCCUCGCGCACUUCUUGUUUAUGCCGUGUCCUGAAGGGGGUGGGGUUUGUUUCCCCUUCUGGUCCCUCCUCCUUCCCCUCCUGAUUCCCCAUUCUUCGCUCCCCUACGUCAGCGUCGUUUCCCCCCCUUCCUCGCCUUCGGAUUGGCUGCCCGACGCCCGCUCCCCUUGCACGUGACGAGGGCGCGAGGAGGGAGACGGCGAAAGAGAGCGAGCGAGGGAGCGACGGGGGAAUUGGAUCCGGCGCAGCGCUUGGUGGAAGGGAAGGGAAGGGAAGUGGGGGGUUGUAUGAUAAUAGAGGCGGCGGCAAGAAGAGGAGGAAGAGCCGUGAGGCGAAGAGUGCCUGAGACUAACGCAGAUACCCCAUUCAACCAAGAAAAGAAAGUUGAAGGAAAAGAAUAGUGCUUUUUGAUGUGCGUGGAUGAAAAAAUGAGAAUUUAUAAGGAAAUAUUAAAAUAGUUUAGUCACAGACCGAGGUGAAACCAUGAAGAAACCUCUUUGGAAGGAAGUUUCUGGAGCAGGCGUCCCCUACGAGGGAUAUGGAUUAAUUGGGGCCUGAAUGCGAGCACACCUGUAUUGGACAGAAGCAGAGAAGAAAACCAGAGCGAGUGUGUUCAAUGUUCUUCACAUCAUGCCAACCGUCAGGGUAGGAAAUGCCCAGGUGCAUGUGGAGAUAGCCGAACCUGACCUUCCUGGCCAAGGUCAGCUCAGAGCUGGUUCCGUAAAAGUUGCUGUCUUCAGGAAGUCAUUUGUUCUUUUCCUUCUUCACAUUCUCUUUGAAGGAGAAUUGGACCGUGCAAAGGCCAUGAAUUUAAGAGCCACGAGGCUUACCUGUAAAGGGGCUGUUAUGGGAUGAUUCACCACCUCUGAUGAGACCAGAAAUUCCUGGGUUUUCUUCUGUUUUUUUAUUAUUAUUAUUUCAAAGUGGAACCCAAGAUCUGGCAUUCAUCUUUGUGUGUCUGGACUAACGAUGAUGAUGUCGUGUGUGCACCUCUGUCGCCUUUAGCCUAGACUGAUGGAAACCAUGCCAUGAGACCAGCUGCAGCGUAAGUGCAGCCAUGACAGAACCUCACCGGGUCCAGCUCACCUCUCUGUCAGGUCCCCUGAGUACCACUUUGCUGAAAAAAACUCGGCGGGAGGAUGUCACAGGGACAGAACACCCCCAGGAAUCUGAGCCCACAGCUGCUGCGGUUCGCAUUGCCCUCACCCUUUUUGAGCCGGAUCACAAGCGCUGUCCAGAGUUCUUUUAUCCAGAACUGCUAAAGAAUAUACGUGGGAAAGGGAAAAAUAGUUGCACGGGAGAAAAGAAGAAAGACCUUGCUGAUCCCUUUAAUGAAGAGGAAAAAGAGAAGCACAAGCUGGAGGCUCUUGCCAGGAAGUUUGAAGAGAAAUACGGUGGAAAGAAGCGCAGGAAGGACCGUGUUCAGGAUUUGAUCGACAUGGGAUACGGAUAUGAUGAAUCAGAUUCUUUCAUUGAUAACUCUGAAGCUUACGAUGAGCUUGUUCCAGCUUCGCUGACAACCAAGUACGGAGGCUUUUAUAUCAACUCGGGGACUCUACAGUUCAGACAGGCUUCCGAAUCGGAAGAUGACUUCAUCAAAGAGAAAAAGAAGAAAUCUCCUAAGAAACGGAAAUUGAAAGAAGGGGGCGAGAAGAUGAAGAAGAAGAAGAAAGAUGAUUCUUACGAUAAAGAAAAGAAAUCUAAAAAAUCGAAAUUUCCUAAAACUGGUUUUACAGCUCUGAAUGCCAGUAAAGAGAAGAAGAAGAAGAAGUAUUCGGGGUCCCUGAGUGUCAAGGAGAUGUUGAAGAAGUUUCAAAAGGAGAAAGAUGCCCAGCAGAAGCGAGAGGAUGAGCCGAAGCUCGCCGUCCCUUCGCUGGCUGAAACCCCAGCUUUGCGAGAAGUGGAGAGCAGCGUCCCUGAUCCUCUCCUGUCUCUCUUGGGCCACACCAGUGACAAUGAACUGCUUCAGGCAGCCACCGCCGUGGACUCCCUGACCGACCUGGACUUCGAACAGCUUCUCAGUGAAUCUCCGGGAGAAAGCCCUUUUCCCGACAUGGAGGACGGGAGCAACCCCCUCGGGAUGGGACUGGAGCAGGAGAUCAAGCAGCCUCCGGCCCUUCCCGACGGACUCCCCGGGCCACUGGAGAAGCGCAUUGAGGAGCUGAUUCAGGCAGCCAGAGCUGCUGAAGGAGAAGGCAAGCACAAGUUCUUCACCCAGGACAUGAACAGCAUAUUGCUGGAUAUAGAGCUGCAAACCCGGGAACUGAACAGCCAGAUACGAUCUGGGGUGUAUGCUUACCUGGCCUCCUUCCUGCCGUGCAACAAAGACACGUUGGUGAAGCGUGCCCGUCGGCUUUACCUCUGUGAGCAGGGAGGUCGGCUGAAGGAGCCCCUUCACAAACUAAAGGAAGCCAUUGGCCGGGCGAUGCCAGAGCAGAUGGUGAAAUAUCAGGAAGAAUGCCAAGCACACACCCAGGCCAAGUUUGCUAAGAUGCUAGAAGAACCAAAAGACAAGGAGCAGAGAGACCGGAUAUGUUCAGAGGAUGAGGAAGAUGAUGAUAAAGGAGGGAAGCGGAUCAUGGGUCCCCGAAAGAAGUUCCAGUGGAACGAUGAAAUCAGGGAUUUGCUCUGCCAGGUGGUGAAGAUUAAACUGGACGGGUAUGACCUUGAAAAGAACAAGACCCAAUCGAUGGAGGAUUACGUGAAAAGCUUCCUGGACGCCGAAGUGAAACUGCUUUGGCCGAAGGGCUGGAUGCAGUCCAGGACCCUGUUCAAGGAGAGCCGGCGAGGGCACAGCCACCUCACGUCACUCCUAGCAAAGAAGAAAGUCGUGGCACCACCAAAGGUGAAGACGAAGGAUCCCUUCAGCAAGCCGGAGAAGAAGGUCUCACUCGCUGCUCCGCUGGUCCGCGCAAGUGGUGCCGUUUCACUGUCUCCCGAGCUGCAGGGAGUUCCUGUCGGCCUCAGCCUUCAAACCCGAGAACUUUUGGCCAUGAGCUCCACCCCGGUCCCUACCAGUGCAGUCCCUCCCCUCCCCUUCCACAUGGAUGACUCUUUGGACGAGGACCUGAUCCACAACGCCGCCACCUCGUUAGAAGCCGUCUCCAAGGAGUUGGCCGUGCUGAACAGCCAGUCGGGGGCAGGUCCCGACUUCACCCUUCCCGUUGCCCCAAAGACGCCGUCGGAGAAGACCCCGACCCAAACGCCCUUGGAAGAGAAGAGGGCCUUCCCCAAGCCCAGCCCCUCCCCUGCCCCAUCUCCAGCCGGGGGCUCUCUGCAGUCCCCGCUCAACUUCUUGGCUGAACAGGCCUUAGCCCUGGGCCAGCCCCCCCAGGACAAAAAGGCCGAGGGCUCCGGUUACAAAGAACUGCCCAGCCCGACUCCCCCGGCCAAGCUCCUGGAGACCCACCCGGCGAAGCCGAGGCAUCACAGUCUUACCCGCGUGGUCCAUGGGCCCCAGGCGGCGAGCCCGGUUCAAGCCCCCCAGGUCAAGGUGUUUCCUGUGGGCGCUCAGCAGCCCAAAAGCUUUUCCCCUUCCCCUCCUUUUGUCAAGUUGCAGAAUCCCAAGGCCAUCUCUCCGCUCCCCCAACGUUCACUCCUCCAACAGCAGCAGCAGCAGGUCAAGACCCCCAUCAAAACCCCAAAUUUCCAUUCUUCUUCCUCCUCCUCUUCUUCUUCCCCUUCUUCGACCCCUUCGCCAGGGCCAGGCAGCUCCCACAAGACUCCCAAUUCUGCCUCCCUGUCUCUGAGCUAUACGGGGAAACACGUGGGCAGCAGCUCUGGCUCGGCGGGACAGUCCUUCAAGUCACCCUUCGUAGCUCUGUCCCGGCACAUCAGCUCAACCAGCAGCUCUACGUCCAACGUUUCCACCAACCAGAGCCCAUCCUCGGGCAGCUUGCUCCCCGGCGCAUGUCUUCCUUCUCCCGGACAGGCCCCCAGCCGCUCGUCGCCGAGUCCCACCGUGAAGAAGACUUUGGUCUCUCAGAAGCUGACCUUGGUCGCUCCACCCGGGGGUCCGAACGUCAGCUCCAGCGGGGGGACCCAAGGGGUGGCCAAGUUACUGACGUCCUCCCUGAAACCCACCGUGGUCAGCAGCACCGCAUCCCCCACUUCUAUGCCAAAAGGAGCCGGCGGAGCCGUGCUGCUGACCAGUUCGUCUUCCUUGAACGUCCUCUCUCCCUCCUACAAGCCCGGCAGCCCGAAGCUGCCUGCGGCUCUCGCCUCCGCUCCCCUGGGGAUCAUGCCGCCCAUCCAUUCCUUCCCUCUUCAUGUGAUUUCCUUCAGCUCCGAAUCCUCCCCAAAGGCUGGGGUGUCGAAGGACGCCAUCGUCACGGGACCGGCCCCGGGGACUUUCCACCAUGGCCUUGGCCACAGUCUUCUGGCUGGCUUGUCCUCCAGCCUCCGCCAGGCAGCGCCCCUCCCUCCCUCGGGGCUGCCUGCUCAUUUGCCACAGAACUUGCCAGAUUCUUCUCAGUUACACGGCAAAGGGUCCAACGUGCAGCCCCGGAAAUUGUGACGACUCUCCAAAAGCGGUCAUCAAGAGACACCCCCACCCCCCAAGGCAGCCUGUGGAUCCAGAGCUGUGGGCACCCAGGUGCCCUUCCCUGCUCUCUCCUUGCUAUUUCUUCUGAAACAGAGUUGCCCUGAGGUUCCUCUCCCCAGCUCAGGCCAGGAGCUUUGCUCGGGGACGCGUGCCUCCCACGGCGAAAGGAGGCACUUAACAGACACUGUUCUGGA